GUAUUUUUCGAGGCAGGAAGGCUUGGUAUUGGCGGGAGUGCGCGGGAAACACAAAUAUAGACCAAUCACCGCCUCCAAUCUCCCUCCUAUGCUUUCUCUAUGGAAGACGCCGCCGACCACAGCUAUAGGACGCUACACAUUGCGCCCUUCACAAAAUCAUGCCACGUGCCAAGUUAGUGGACACAAAGCCUCGAGGGCGGAUGUCAGCAUAUGCCUUCUUUGUCCAGACCUGUCGUGAAGAACACAAAAAGAAACACCCAGACGAGAAUGUUGUGUUCUCUGAAUUCUCCCGGAAAUGUGCUGAGAGAUGGAAGACAAUGACUGACAAGGAGAAGCAGAGAUUUUAUGAGAUGGCAGAGAAGGACAAACAGCGCUAUGACACAGAGAUGAAGGGCUACAAAGGCCCCCGUCAGUCUCGUGCAGCACGCAAGCGUAGAAACCGUAAAGACCCCAAUGCACCUAAGAGAGCCCUAUCAGCCUUUUUCUGGUUUUGCAAUGAUGAACGACCAAAGAUUCGUGCCACCAACCCUGAAUUGGGUGUUGGUGAUGUAGCCAAACAGUUGGGGGCUGCCUGGAGUCAAGCCUUACCAGAAUCCAAGGCCAAAUAUGAAGCCAUGGCUGAGGAGGACAAAGCCAGGUACCAGAAGGAGAUGAGAGCAUUUAAGGCUGGGAACUUUGUGGCCAAGAAACUCAAGACUGCAGAAGAGAAUGAUGAUGAGGACGAUGAAGAUGAAAGUGAAAGUGAAGAUGAGGAUGAUGAUGAUGAGGAUGAAUGAUUGCCUUUUCCUUUAUGUGGCCAGAAGUAUUAUAUAUAUACAUAUGUGUAUAUAUAUGGAUAUUUAUAUAUAUAUAUAUAUAUAUGACCUUGGUAUAGUUGAUAGCCGUGUUGCAGAGUGUAGGUGCGUUGAUGCACUGUGGCAUUGAGGAGAAACGAGUGCCCUUUGUGAAUCAAGGAAGCAAUGUAAUCGUGUGGGUUGAUUGGUGUGUGCAGUACUGGUAAAGUGACAAUCUUGUUUUUUUGUGUUCAACUUGAUUAUAAGGGACAGUAAUUUAUGUGAAUUUAUGAGUUGUAUUUUUUAUUUAGAUCAUAAUGGAUAGUUUUUUGAAACUUUACUUUAUGAAAAUUUGCUCCACACCCAUUUUAUUUUAUUUUAUUUUAUUACAAUUUUUUUUUGUCUUCUCAUGCCAAAGAAAGGGUAUGUUGAUAUUACUUAAUGAUUUGAUAAAUUAGUACUGUUUUGGUGGAUAUGAUUUUAUUUAUUUUUUUAGUGAGUUAUUUAUUAUGUCUUAGUUGUAGCCAUUCAUUAUUCUUUAAUUUGGAAUGAAGUGUUGGGCAUGCAUCUGUUGUAAAUACUUGAAUCUCUGGGUUGCCAAAGGAUGCAACCCCCAGAGGGACGUGGGACAUGGGACGUGGCAGUACUUGGGGGAUGUGUGGCAUCUUAAGAGAGGUACUUCACCCGUCCAAGGUCCCACAUCAACCCAAAACUUCUUCACUUUAUACUCAUGAAGCAAACCCUCCUUCCAGCAGACAUGAGUGCUUCAAUCUUCAUUUUAAAGGACUGUUCUCAUUUCAUGAAAAUAACCUUAUGUUUAAUUUUGUCUUUUCAGGACUGCAAUUGUGUUUGUUAGGUGACAUUUCUUUGUUUAGUGAAUAUUAAGACAACAGGUUUGUGAGUAUAGUUUGUAUGUGUUUCUGCUGGAAUGAGGCUUCACAAUUUGUACUUCACCCUCAUAGAGCCUCUGCAUCAUGCCAUUCUGCAUAGUCAUUGGACAAACUAAUUCAUUGCUAAAUUCUACAGGAUUGUAUAAAUAACAUCAUGAACAUUUAGGAGUAAGUGAAACAUUUUGUAUAAAUUAUGUAAACUUUUUUUUGAGUGUGAGCUCUUGUUUCGCAGAAUGACUCUAAUAUCUGAUUUUGACCAUAAUGAAGUACAAUCAUACAUCAAAGUUCUACUUUCAAAAAUAUUUUGAAAGUUUUCUUUAUUCUGUUUUUAUAAUCUUUGAACUUUUCUGAAAUUUUGUAUGAAGAGUACAAUAAAAAGUAGUUUAUA